UUCCUUAACUUUCUAUAUAACCAGUGCUAUUGUGCUGAUACAGAAUAUAUAAGAAUAUUGUUUUGAUAUAGAAUGUGUGUGGGGCGUGGGGAGGGGAGACAGUCUGUUGCAGUGGGUCUGAUUAAGUUAAUAGGUAUGUAAACUGAAUCUAUGCUCUUGGUCUUAGCAACCCUGUACUCAGUUUUCAGUGGAUAGGUCUUUCACCUCCUUGGUUAAAUUUAUUCCUAGAUAUUUUACUCUUUUUUGAUGCAUUUGUAAAUUGGAUUAUUUUCCUAAUUUGUAUUGCUGAUAGUUGGUUAUUCUUGUAUAGAAAUGCAACAGAUUUUUAUAUAUUGAUUUUGUAUCCUACAACUUUUGUUUAUAAACAAACUGAAUUUAUUUAUUCAUUCUAACAGUUUUUUGGUGGAGUCUUUAGGGUUUUCUAUAUGUAGUAUCAUGUCAUCUGCAAAUAGAAGCUUGUGGAAGGCUUCUACAGUUUGUUUUUCUUAAAGAAAUAGGAAGCAAAGUUAUUAGCUUAGAGUAAGGAUGGGGGAGGUGGCAUCUGGUUUGAGAAGAGAGGAGAAAGCGUAAAAUACUUGAUGAGCUUCCAAAUCAAGGUGCAGCUGAGUGGGGUCCUUAGUGGCUGGUCUCUUCCAGCUGUUGAGCAGGCUCCUUUGUGAAUGAUCCAGAGAAGUAUAGUAUGUUUUCCAGGACUCUGUUAUGUCAGUCUUUCCAUAGGUCAUCCUUGGAGAUGAAGAAUAUUCUGCAAAUUCAUCACUACUUUAUACUCUAAUUGAAGACACUGCCAUAUGGAACAUGUCCUGGGUCAUCUUGAAUUUUUUCCCCUGGGUACUUUUUCCCAUGUGUAUAUUUCCAACAGCAAAUGAUUAAACAUUUAUUGAGCACCUGCAGUGUGUGCAAUCCCAAGGGAUAUAAAAAAUGAAUCUGCUGUUAAAGAGCGUGCACAAUUUCAUUUUGUAAGGAUUUUUUUUGGAUUGUAUGUCAGUGAAUUUAGAAAUUCUCUCUCUGCUCCAGUGUUAGUCGCAGUCAAUUUCCUUGGACUUGUGGGGUCUAAGUUUUUGCUUGUUUACUUGUCUUAUGUGCCUCCUAAAAUUUUCUAAGCUCCAUCCCUGAUGUAUAAGGGAAUUUAAAGUUUUUAGAAGCCCUAUCAGCCAAAAGCUUGAAGCUGUGAUAGUGCUGCAGAGAGCUGUUAGAAACCACCUGGCAGCUCAGACAGAAUUUCUACAGAAGGAAAUAUCAGAUCAAGACACAAGAUGGUGAAUCCAAAAGCUGAUGUUAAACUUAAGACUUCCAGGGUGACUGCUACUUCAGUCUCCAUGGAGUCUUUAAAAGGUGCAGGAGAUUCAGUAGAUGAACAGAAUUUCUGCAGGGGAGGAAUAAAGAGUGCAUCAUUGAAGGAUUUAUGUCUUGAAGACAAAAGACGCAUUGCAAACUUAAUUAAAGAACUGGCCAGAGUAAGUGAGGAAAAGGAAGUAACAGAAGAAAGACUCAAAGCUGAGCAAGAAUCAUUUGAGAAGAAGAUCAGGCAGUUGGAAGAACAGAAUGAACUGAUCAUAAAAGAAAGGGAAGCUCUUCAGCUACAGUAUAAAGAAUGCCAAGAACUUCUAAGCCUCUAUCAGAAAUAUCUAUCAGAACAGCAGGAGAAGCUCACUGUGUCUCUCUCAGAACUUGGUGCUGCUAAAAUUCAGGAACAACAGGUAUCCAGUAGGAAAAGCACUCUUUGGUCUUCAUCUGUGGAACUGGAUGGUUCCUACUUGAGUGAAGCCAAACCACAAACCCACACUCAAACCAAGCAAAGGCCUAAGUCUGCAAAUCAGGACUCAGCUUCAGAAUCCCUUGCGGAAUUUAGGAAUAAUUCUUUGAAACCAGCAGCCCUUCAUUAUCCCAAAGAGGAUGUGGACAAAGUGCCAUCGGAGACCAGAACAUGUAAUUAUGGAUCCCCAGGGAAAAAACUAGUAGAUGCAGUCCCUACAGAGAACGUUCCACCAGAGGAACUGAAGAUGAAGGAAUGCCAACACCUUAAGGCUACUCCAUCUAGUCAGUGUUGUGGUCAUAGACUUUCUGAAAAUGCGGAUCAUGUUCGUGAGAGCCAUCCGACAAACAUGGUCCCUCAAUAUUCCAAGACACAUCUGGAAUCAUGCAGGUAUUGUGGGCUUUCCUGGGCGUCUCUGAUGCGUGGCCAAGGGGCACUGCAGCCUAGUGAAACUGAUAUCAAAAAGCAGCUCUCAGAAGAUAGAAGGCAGCAACUCAUGCUUCAGAAAAUGGAGCUGGAAAUUGAAAAGGAACGCCUUCAGCAUCUACUGGCCCAGCAGGAGACAAAACUACUCCUAAAACAGCAGCAGCUUCAUCAGUCUCGACUGGACUAUAACUGGUUAAGAACUCAAGCUGUAUUUAAAUCAAGAGAACUGGUUGCUAAUAAAGACAUUACUAAACCCCAAGAGCUCAGUCUGGAUAUGAAUGAGAGUGGCUCUGGACCAAGUUUAUUGAAGUCAAAAUGUGAUGGCUGGACGCUUGGAACAUCAUCAUCCAGCAAAAAGUACCAGGACUCCACUAACAAUGGAGAGAAUAGAAGGGAGAAGAAGACAGUUGGGUUUCAGUCACAUAUGGAAGUUGAUGCCCAGUGGACAGGUCAAAAGAAAGAUGCAUAUCAACCCCAAAGAGGGACAAUGGCAGAAGUUAGAAAAGAUGCGUCCACAUCUCCUAUGACAACAGGAAGCCAAAAGGAGCUUGUAAUCACAACCACAGCAUCAUUGCAACAUGACACCCCCCGGUAUGAGACAUCUCUAUUGGAUUUGGUUCAAUCUCUGAGUCCCAAGACUGCUUCCAAACCGCGGCCCCAUCGCUCCAGAGAAGCUGGGUCAUGGCAUCACAGUACUUGCCUACUCAGUCCUCUAAAAUCAACCUGGAACAAGACCAGGGCAGGCAGGACCCCUGAAGACCUGGAGGAGGAUCAAAUUCUGGAAGAUAUCUUUUUCAUUUGACACUGAAGCACAUGCUGCAAAAUUUCCAUCAGAAAUGAGUGGGUGUUUUUAUAUACUGAUCCAGGAUUUUAAAUUAUUUGACUGCAACGUAAUUGUGUCUCUCCUUUCACAGGGAGGGACCUAUCUCACUAGCACCCUGUUACGUGCCGAAUAUAGAAAUCAUUCUAAAAACCCAGGGUGUUUCUGAUCAGACCAAUCAGUAGAUAACACAUUAAGGACAGAUGGGGGUGGAGGACAGUAGCUGUUCUAUGCCAAGCAGAGAUUAGAACAUUAACAUAGGACACUUACUGCAUGGCAGAGGCCUUUGCAUACUCAGCCUCAUUCAAGAGUGUUUCCUUCUCAGUAUUGUGCUGGAAAAGGUGGGCUCUCUUUUGUACACAAGGAAAACCUUUCCAUUGAGAGAUCCCUCUAGUUUAAACGUAGCCCCUUUGUAACAUAAGCAAUUUCAGAAAGAUAGACCCUUGUACCUCUCCACCCUGUUUUCUUACCACCUACCUCUUUCUAAGCCAGUCAGUUAAUUCUGAGGUUAGAGUUGGUGGUGCCCCUCCCAUCACAAGCAACACUGAGGGCCAAUUGUGAGUCAGUCUCAGCAGUCAUCAGCCUGGCCACUGCCCACCCUAUAACCAAAAGGGCUUAAUGAGCUCGAGGGAGGCCCUCCCAACCCUUAGAAACCAGCAUUAGAUUACACAAGCGAGUACUGCCCUAGGGGAGGCACUGGCCUGAAAUGCUUGUCCUAUGGUCGGUCGGCCAUUUCCCGGGAUAAAUAAGAGCACUCUCUCAGUAUUUUUCCUUGCCCCAGGUGUCUGUUUUAUUCACCCUGGUGAACUUCCCAUCAGCUGCUACAGGCUGACAGACUUCCCCCCGGCCUCCCCUCUCUCCCCAUGUGGAGUCAAGGCCCCGACUGACCACGCCUUGCACGUGCCCUGCUCAAGACCACUGUCUCAUGGCCCCAAAGAACCACCUCCACUUGCCAGAUAAUGUUCCACCACCCCACGCAGAGUCUCCCCCUUUCUGCCACUGGGCCUCACAGAGAAAGCCUGUGGAGGAAGUACACUCGAAACGUACUCUCUCUGCUCUCCUGUUCGGCAGAGCUCUUGAGAUAGGUCCCUCAGCUUACAGUGGGCCCUAGUGCCCUCUCAAGCUUAUGGGCAGUAUGAUGAGCCUGGUAGAGCCAGUGAGUUUAAAACUUUCCAGUCAUUGGAAGCCAGGGGAAGAUAUGCAUUACUUGAUGACUUUAUUUGGUGUGGAGCGUGUUGCUUUUUUCUCUCUCCCUUUCACCAACCCCUGGCCUGAACUGAGACUAAGCCUGUCAGGCAUUAUUGGUAGCUAACGUCAGACCAUGCAGGGCAGCCUGCACUUAGUGAGACUGCAUGGCUUCCCUGAAGUCUUUAUCAAAACUAGAUUAUUUCAGCCAACAAAAGCCUUCUGGAGCAACUUCCUUGUCUGGGUAAAUCCAAAUCUCAUUGUCUCUUCAGACUGAGGCCCUGUCACCUCCGCCCAACCUUCCUUCACUUGGGUCUUUUUGUUCUUUGGAGGAGAGAAGAAUAUAGCCUACCAUAUUCUUAAUCUGAGGUAAAUAUCAGGUCAGGACAAACCAGUUGUAGUCAUUCAGUUGAAAGGUUGAAAAUUAUUAUUAUUAUUUUUUUUUUUUUUUUUUUUUGCGGUACGCGGGCCUCUGACUGUUGUGGCCUCUCCCGUUGUGGAGCACAGGCUCCGGACGCACAGGCCCAGCGGCCAUGGCUCACGGGCCCACCCGCUCCGCGGCACGUGGGAUCCUCCCGGACCGGGGCACGAACCCAUGUCCCCCGCAUCAGCAGGCGGACUCUCAACCACUGCGCCACCAGGGAAGCCCAAGGUUGAAAAUUAUUGCAGAUUACAAUUUCCUCUUAAAGUUCACCCCUAAGAAAGUAACUGAAUCAGUUUCAUCCCAUUCCAGAAGACUUUGGAAAAUAGAGCUUUCUUUGGUGUGGCCAAAAACUGGGUGAAAACAAACAGAGAGCCCUUGACCAUUUUCUCAGUUAAAUUUAGGUUUCCAGAGCUAUCUUUUCCUCGCCCCAUGUGUCAUGACCACCUUAAGUACACCCAGCUCCCUCGGAUCAUCCAUAACCACACUUUCCUAUUCUGGACACCAGUGUCCUUACUACUCUCUGGCGUAAGAGGAUGCCAGAAAGACCAAGAAAAGGAUUGUGAUUUCUUCAAGAAGCUUGUUUGCCUUUAGAACAAUCAUAAACAGGACCUAAACUAAAGGCUUUGGGGGGGUCACAAGCCACAAAAUGGAGUUUAAUUGCUUCUUUACCUCUCCUGAAUGAGCAAUUUGGAAGAGCAAAGAUGGAUUUUCAGCAGAGCAUCAAUCAACCCAUUUUUCAUGUGCCACAUUUCCCGCCCCCGCCAGUUGCCUUUCUCUAUCCUGUAGGCAUUUCCUGGUCGUCAGGGCAAUAGGAUGUGAAUUUGUGUCUAGUCUAACAUCUUCAUUAUGAAUUGAACAAUAUAUGUUAACAUUUUAAUCUGUGUCUCACUUUGAGAUCUAUAUAUAUGUAUGAAAAGGUUGUUGUAGAGCCUCGAGGCUUUUGUAGAGCCUAGAGGCUUGACCUAAUUGCAGACUAACCUACCAAGGGAGAGGGCCUGGCACACAGGAAUCUGCCUUUCCUCCCUGUUAAGCUCUCCCAACAGUGACUGGCUGUAAUGCACUUGCCCAGCCUCCAGCCAUUUCCCCAAAGCAAGACUGGACAUGUGUUGGCGAUGCUGCAGGUAGUGUUACCACAUUGCCUACCCUGCUUCCCACUGUUCAGAGAGAGAAAGACCAAUCAGUGUUUACAAAACAGGGCAGGACAAACGCCCAUGGAAGCUCCUUAAGUAGGGCCCAAAGUGCUUGAUUUAGAAGACCAAAGUCAGUCAAGGAGAAUCUUUCUCUGACAGCCACCCUUCCAGGAGGCACAUUUGUGUUUACAAACCUGACCUCCAUGGGGGGACUUAUCCAGAGCACCCCGAAUGUCACGGGGAUGGAGGGGCUCUCUCCUCCCACAGAGCCAUUCCUUCCACUUGGCGCUGUUUUCAGCACCAUUGUUCACAUGAGAGAUUUGAGGUUCAGAAACUCUGGGGAGGGGACAGGCCUAAAGGAGCAGAGCUGGAUGAAGUCUGACGUCAUAGCCAAUAUCUCAGUGGCUAUUUUCCCCAUGUGGUUUUGAUAUUGAAUUGUUCCUUGAACAGCCCCCAUCGGAUAAGUGGAGUAUAGCUUGAAAGCAAGAGAAGAGCCUCAGGUUAUCAAAAUGUUAUUUCUCUUAGUAUUUGUUAAAAGAACAGGAACAUAUGGUCAGUUGAAAGAAAGGAAGUAGUUUGCCACAUCCUACAGUUUUUCCUGGCUGAGUCCGGUUCACUCCCAUCACAUGAACACCAAGCCUCCUCUAGGUUGUGUGGUCACUAGAAUGGGAGCUUCCAUCUAUGCACACCUCUGAGUCCCUUCUUUGUGCUUUUCCCCAAAACUGCUUAGCAAAGAAAUGUCUCGGCAUUUUGACACAGGAAAAAUAGUGCUUCCUAGUUGGCUUUCAGUGCUAGGAGAACAUAGGCGAGGGCUUAGGUACCUAAAAUGCCCAGUUCUGAGAUCACCAAGACAGCCAGUUCUGUGGAUUCAACCAAGACAGCCAGAGACCCUAUCCUGCCCCUGCUCCCCCAGUCAGCCUGACACCUUCCCCUGAACCAGGAGGCUUUGCAGCUCCCCUCAGAGACAGAGGUGGCAAGGACAAAAUCACCACUCAACUGGCUCCCAAACUGAAAAUGAGCUAAGUAAUCGUUGCCCCGAUUGUAAUAAGAUAACCCUUGAGUCUAGGAACAAAGCUAGAGAUGAGUAGGGUGAGGCUGACACCCCAGUCCUCAGAGGAAGAAUAACCGGGCAGCUAGAAAACCAGUUUCAUAAAUGAGUAGCCAGCUACACAGUUCCUCAGAGUUUCUCAGAGUUGCUAUUCAAAGUGGAUUGUUCCUGAGCCCCUUGGGCUCCAUUGUUCCAUUUAGAACUGAGACUUUCUACCCUCUCAGGCUUCAGCUCCAUAGCUAUUCUCCCUCCCAUCCACCUCCACCACGUGCACACUCAGAAUUGAUUGAGCACCUAGAAAAUGCUCAGGGCCUUUUCUACCUCCACUCCUUACCCGCCCCCCCCAC